AUGAAUAUUCCUAAUCAGCCAGUCAGGGCGCCUCAUUCAACCGUCACAGGGUCUCUAAACAGCGUCAAUGUACUGAAGUACAGGAUGACGAGCGAGGCCAAACGGGACAUCCGCGAGCUGGCAGCAGAGCGGGGAAUCAACCGGGCAAACGUUGAGGCAAUCCUGAACAAGUUUCGGAACCCCGACGCACCCCCGCUGCGCAUCUCCGAUCUGGACGAGUACAUAACGGCUUUCACCCACAAGAGCACCUUAAAGGAAUACAAAGCCACUCAUGGUUCAAACGAACGGCUUGAACUCAUGGGUGACUCUGUGCUUAGCCUGGUGGUGACAAAGUAUAUCUACGACCGAUACCCUCUGUGCGACGAGGGCUUCAUCACCCGAAUACGAACCAAGUUGGUCUGUGGGGCCGCCCUGUCCGCUUGGGCUUUGCAGCUGGGUCUCCAGAACCACAUCAUGAUGAACCGGAAGGCCAUGGACCAGGAGUGGUACCUGAAUCCGAGCAAGCUCGAGGACACAUUCGAGGCAUUCCUGGGAGCCCUGUUUGUUGAUCAAGGUAUUGCAGCGUGCAGAGACUUUGUGUACCCUAUGCUCGACCAAAAGGACUUUGAUGAGGUUGAGAAGGAUUGCAACUUCAAGGACGUUCUCAUGCGGCACAUGCAAGCGGUCUGGAGCAAUGCGGUGGCUUCAGAUGGUAUCAGCCGAGCCCAAUCAGACUUCAUGCCGCAGUAUCAGGUGAUUGCUGCCUGUGGGCCGGACCACAUGAGGGUGUUUCAUGUGAAUGUAAGCAUUGGAGGUUCCUUCAUGGGCACAGGAUCCGACUUGAAGAAGAAAGCGGCCGAGCAAGAGGCUGCUAGGCAGGCCUUGAUCCGCAUCACGAAUCACGGAACGCUGCCCGUGUUCAGCAACAAGCAGACAAUGUACUUGCCCGACAUUGGUGAGUUGACAGCUUGA